GUCUCAUGCCCGCUGCUUCUUAAAUAUUCAAACUCUUCUAAUGAUGCAUGCAUUAUCCCUUGGUGGAGAGAAAAGGAGAUAAUUUCUGAAGAGAGUAGAUCACAUGGUCUAUGUCCUUUGACACCGGAGGAGGCAGCCUUAGUUCUGCGAGCCUUAAGUUUUGGUAGGGAAACACAGAUUUAUAUUGCAGCUGGUGAGAUUUAUAGGGGUGAACGUAGACUUGUACAACUCAGAGCUGCGUUUCCACUAAUUGUGAAGAAGGAAACCUUGUUGGUCCAUGAUGAUCUGCAGCAUUUCCAGAAUUACUCGUCGCAGAUGGGAGCUUUGGAUUUUAUGGUUUCAGUAGCCAGUAACACCUUUAUUCCUACCUAUGAUGGGAACAUGGCAAAGCUCGUGGAAGGUCAUCGUAGGUAUUUUGGUUUUAAGAAAACCAUCUUACUGGAUAGAAAAAAUGUAGUAGAAUUGGUUGACAUGCAUCAGAAUGGAAGCCUUCAUUGGAAAGAGUUUGGAGAUGCAGUGCGAGAGGUUCAUGAAAAGAGAAAUUGCAAGCCUUCAUUGGAAGCCUUCUGCAAUAAUCCAUUUAGAAACUGA